AUGGACCGCAAAAACUCGAGCCCCCCUGAGAAUUGCCGGUUCGCCAUUCCGAAAAAGGGACGCUUGCACGAUAAAAUUCUACAGAUGCUUAAAGGUUCCGGUAUAGAAUUUCGGCGUGAACCUCGCCUUGACGUUGCCCUCUGUGUUGACUUGCCGAUCACGCUGGUCUUUCUGCCGGCGUCUGACAUUGCCAAAUAUGUUGGAGAGGGCAAUAUUGAUCUAGGCAUCACUGGCUUGGACAUUGUGAAGGAAAGUCAGGUCGAAGUGGACCACGUAAUGGACCUGGGAUUUGGAAAGUGCAAACUUUGUGUACAAGUACCUAGCGACGACAAUAUCACAGACGUCAGUACAUUGGCGGGUAAGCGCAUUGUUACUUCGUUUCCGGAACUUACUAAACAGUUUUUCCAGCCAUUUGACGAUGAACUCGGUGUUGAGACAAAGGUCAAGUUUGUUUCGGGUUCUGUCGAAGCAGCCUGUGGGCUCGGUUUAGCUGAUGGUAUUGUGGAUCUUGUGGAGACAGGAACAACGAUGCGGGCUGCCGGCCUUGAAGUUGUUGCCGAUAUUAUCUCGACCCAGGCCAUGCUGAUUGCUAACACGCAUACCAAGCACAUUGAUAUCAUCCACCUGAUAAAGCGUCGCUUAGAGGGGUACAUUACGGCCACAAAGUACGUUAUGCUAGUGUACAAUGUUUCGAACGAAUUGGUGGAGAGAGCGGUGGCGAUCACCCCUGGAAAGCGGUCACCGACUAUCACGGCUCUAGAUGACGGUAACUCCAAGGCGGUUUCCAGUCUUGUACUCGCCAAGGAGGUUAACCAAAAAAUGGAUGCUUUGCAUGAUAUCGGAGCUACAGAUAUCCUUGUGCUUGACAUUUCCAACUCCCGUAUGUAA